GGGUGCGAGACUCCACGCAGCAUUCAGCAUGUGUGCGUUUGGUUUCGCUCGUUUUCGCGCUGAUGGCGACGUGCGCUUUCCGCUUACCGCGAGCGUUGUGUCGGGUGAAACGAGCUGACCUGUGUGCGCGCCUUAUCGUGAGUCCGUAAAUGACCAACUCGACUAAAACUUCUUUCAAAACAUGCAAGACGACGAGAUUGUAGUCUCGGAAGUCCACGUCGACUCCGACAAUAUCGUCAAGAACGACAACGACCCGCUGCUCGAUCUGAUGCCCGAAGCUUUGAGGAGGCGGCUACAAGUUGCUCAAUCACGGCUGCCCGUCAAGUGGGAUGUGGACAUCAAAGUGGUUGACCCUGGUCACUUGACGUUGGACGAAGAUGGAGACCUUGAAUUGUCUAGGGCUCGUCGGAGCGCACAAGUACUCUUAGAUCACUGCCCUGCGACAACGUUGCCCACUGUCGGACUACAGGUGUGGAAGGCCGCGUUGGUGAUGUCGGACUUUUUGCUGCACCGCGGCAGGGAGCUCUUGCAGGGAAAAGGGGUCGUCGAACUGGGAAGUGGCGUCGGACUGUGCGGCAUUGUGGCCGCCGCGUUCGCUGACUACGUCUUCUGUUCUGAUGCCUGGGAUGAAGUUCUACAUCUGUGUCAAAGAAACCUGGACCAGAACGAAGACUUCUAUGACGCUCUCGACGUGAAGCAGUGCCCUACGAGGGUAAGGUGUUUGGAUUGGACAAAAGGGCCGCCACAAAUGCAAACUCCAGAAGGUGCUUUUGCCUGGUCUGCGGAAGACUUGGACGACUUUGAGAAAACGGGAAUCUUUCUGGCCGCUGACGUGGUGUACGAUGACCACCUGACCGACUGCCUCUUCGAACUGCUGCUCAAGACCGUCACCAGGGGUAACCAGACGGUCUACAUUUCCCUGGAAAAGAGGGUGAAUUUUACUCUAGAGGACCUUGAUGCUGCGAGUCCAUCUCACAUCCACUUCGUGCAGUGGUUGAAAAAAUUGGAAGAGCUUGGCUGGAAAGUUUGCGUCGUCAACCUUUCGAGCGUGCCGCAGUACUUUGGCAGCUACAGCAGAGACUCGUAUUUGGAACUGUGGGAGCUGAGACCAUGCUGACUAUCAAGAAAAGAUCCUGAGAGCUCCACUCGGCCCAUGAGCACACGGCAGGGUCAAUGCACUCCCGAGCAUUGCAUUUUCAGUUGCUAUUUGGAGCUGCUUUCAAACAACUUUCCACCCAUGGCAGUAUAUUACGUCAGUUGUUCAGAGCUUCUGUACUGUCGUAGAAAAGAUGUAAACAAGAACAAGUCAGGACUAACCAAAAUGUGUUUUUUACUGGCUUCACUAUUUUCUGUGAUGCAAGUGUGAUUUUGGUUUUGCUUGUAUGCUGCUCUGCAUAACGUGUUAUGCGGAGCAGCACCACUCGAUGCCACAACACACCUUUGCUAUUGAGUUUGCCGCCGAUUACGCCUAUUUUCAUAGUUUUCGGAGCUUGCUUUGGUUAAUACAAUUUUUGGAUGAUAUGUUUUAUUUUCCGGUUCCCGUGAAGAUUGUAUCAACGAGAGACUCCAUUGUAUGUGUACGAGCACUAUUUAUUAAAAUGCAACAACUCAAGCUCG